AUGGUCCACGAGCCUGUGCGACUUCAAGCUCUGCUGCUCAUUGGUUCUUCAUACGUGAUGCACACCUAUCAACUACGGCCAUUCUCUAAUUCCAUCGAGGCCAUCCUGGUCGCGCUUUCACUUGUUCUUGUGAAGAAGCUUCUCGUAGACGAGAUUGACCCGAAAUCAUCGAAGGUCAGCCUGCUCGAAUUUUAUAGCACAAACGUAUAA